AUGACUUUCGUUUCUCAGGACAUGAGCGUAGACAGUUUCUCUCAGAAGACGAUCAAGAGGGAAUAUAUUACGCCUCGCAAAGCAACCGCCUUCCGCCAGCCGUGUGCUACUAUCCUGCCAACUUCUCUUCCGAGGGAUGAUGGUCGCAAUCGCCUACCUCUACAGGACUCGAAGAACUUCUCAUGGUUGUCCCCGAUGUCAAUGAGUUCGACUGCAUCGUUUCCGGCAGACCUGAAUGACAUUUGGGAUCCUCCCGAGACGCCCUCUGGCAAGUCAAGCGUAGCCUCUUCACGCAAUAUCCUGACGCCUUUGACACCCCCUACACCCUCUGGGUCUUCCAAAAUGCUACACUUCACUCCAGUUUCCAAGCUUUCGUUUGGUGUUGAAGUCGGUUCAGUGACCAAGCAACGAGUUUCCGGACAGGAGGAUGUGGCACCGCAGGAUGAUCUUGUCCGGCCAUUUAAGAUUUUUCGAAACCUCACAUUCGAGCUCGAAGCAAUUUCCCAGAAGAGCGUUGCAUCUUCUUGCGUGAAAUACAACAUCAACCCUUCAUUUGUGUUCACCAACGAUUCCGUCAGUUCGCGCACACGCUCCAAGACCGGCAGCAAAGCACCAGUGACAUCGGCCAUACAUGCUGCACUUGAUGAAAAAAAGAGCAACAUCGGAAUCACCAGUACCCCGCCGUCGCGAACCACAUUUUGGAAGCUAUUGGAACAAAUCACACCACACAAUCUUUAUAGGAGACUGGCCAGUGAAUCGACGAAGUGCGUUGCAUCGCUUGUGGGAAAUCCUUCCGUACGGUGCAAGAAUUCUAAGCGAUCAUCCCGAGAUGUUGACAGCAUUUUGAAGAAGCUGGGACGAUGUGGGACUCACGAAGACUACUUUGGCAUGCUAGGCCAUAUCGAGGAGCUUGUAGAGUUAGUCAUGUGCGGCACCCACCGAAAUACGGUGCUUCAACAACCCAAAGCUGAAUUUAGGAUGGCGCAAUUGCGUAGCCGAGUUCAAGACAUUGGAGAAAUGACGCAAUUGGAUCGCUCGACUCUUGCGCGAUGGGUCGAUGCAAUUUGUAACCCAGACGCGCCUGAAGAUCACGAUCCCGAGCUCCACACCAUCGCGACCGACCCCAAGCCAGCUACACAGCCCAAGAUAGUUCUAAAACCCGUAUCCAAGGUUCAUUCUGUUGUGGCCACAACGCAGGUCUCCUUCUCAUCGAACUUCAUACCCUAUCAAUCGAUAAAGUCCAAGAAACUCUCCGUCUUCGAUGCUGUACAUGAGAAGGCUACUGCUCCGUUAGGGGUAAUAGCUCAGAAACCGGGUUUCGUAUACCUAUUCUGGGACAAAGAGUAUUUCGGCAUGGUCAAGAUUGGUUACACUAAAGAUCUUACCAAACGGCUUGCGAGUUGGAAUAAAGAAUGCGGCCGCGAACAUGUCUACCAUUCUAGUACGGAAUGUCAGGUGGAGAUACCUCAUGCGCAUCGCGUCGAGCAGCUUGUACACGCUGAGCUGAAGGAAUACAGGAAAAGAAGGCAAUGCGAAGGUUGUGGGAAAAUGCACAAAGAGUGGUUCGAUGCCGCCCAAUCGCACGUAGUCAAGGUUUUGAGGAAGUGGCGAGAGUGGAUUCUACAAGAGCCGUAUAUACAAGUCGAAGAGUCGGGGGAGUGGGUGCUCAAGCCCGAAAUGCUCAGUUCUCUCGACCGCAUGUGCGAGCCGCUGCCUCAAGAGGUGAGUAUCCAGAAACCCCCGAAAAAGAGUGGAGGUCUACAGCGUGCGCAAAAGAAGAAGAAGGGGCCAAAAUGGACAAGGUAA